GCGAGCUGUUAUCGAGGGAAGAUGGUGGAACCUGUAGCUGCAACGUGCACGAAACUCCUUCCUAAACAUUUCCAAAAACCGUUUCCAUCACAACCUGGCAUUAGAUAUCGGUUACCUGGGGACAAUCAUAGAUAAUAAUUACUAAAACUAAGAAGGAAUCAUUCGCUCUUUGAUUCGGGUGGGACUCCUGUGUUGUGAUAGUCUGGGAGAGAUUUCUCGGCUGGGAUUGUUGACAAACAGUUUACUGCGUACAUACUAUUUUUAUUAAUAUUAUUAUUUAUUCAUAAACCGCCUCUUUGGGGCUUCGGUGCUGUGGUGCUACAGGCGAGGCUGGACCGACUGUCAACAUGCCACGGAGUAAAAAGGGGAAACGCGGCGGUACCGGUUCAAGUAAAGGCUCACUCCGACAGGAAGUUCUUCAGCUGCAGUUGUCAAAGACUGCUGUGCCACGUCCAGGGAGGAAUGGGGGGAGAGGGGAGUCUGGCUUGAGUGAUGAUGAUGUAGCCUCUGAGGUGCUCAGUCACUACAGCAGUGCCAGCGAGAGUGCAUCAGUCUUUGAGGAGGGCACAGGUGAGGUAGUGGAAGAACAGACUGCUCAGGAAGAAACGGAAGAUAAACUGAAGCAAUGCAUUGACAAUCUAAUGGACAAAAGUGCUAAGACACGUCUGGCUGCGUUGGAAAGUCUGCGCUUGGCAUUUUCCUCCAGAGUCUUGUACGACUUUCUGUUAGAUAGACGUUUCACCAUCAGUGACUGUUUGGAAAGAAGCUUGAGAAAAGGUGGAGGAGAAGAGCAGGCUGCUGCUGCUACAGUUUGUGCUCUCCUGUGUGUGCAACUCGGGGCCGGAGUCGAAGGCGAGGAGGGCUUCAAGAUUCUCCGCCCCAUCCUCAGCUCCAUCCUGAUUGACAGCUGUGUCAGUCUGUCAGCACGACAGAGCUGUGCUCGAGCUCUGGGUUUGUGCUGCUAUGUGUCUGCCUCAGAAGAUUCAGAGGACCUGGUGAAAUCUCUUGGACAUUUAGAGAGUGUGUUUGUAGGUGCGUAUCCUCUGGGUGAUGGCACUCUGCCUUCUGUCAAAGCCGGGACCCCUGCUCUCCACAGUGCUGCCCUGAAGGCUUGGGCACUGCUCUGCACCCUCUGCCCUGCAUCUUGUAUCAACAGCAUUCUUAACCAUCACUUGCCGCGUCUGCAUGCAUGUUUAGAGAGCAGUGAGGUGAACUUCCGAAUUGCUGUGGGGGAGACUAUUGCUCUACUCUAUGAACUAGGACGUGACAUUGAUCAGGAGUUUGAGUACGAGGACUGUGAUGCGUUGUGUAACAGUCUAAAGAGUCUUGCGACUGAUGGAAAUAAACAUCGUGCUAAAAACGACCGCAGGAAACAGCGCUCAAUCUUCAGAGAGGUGCUGCAUUACAUUGAGAAUGAUGAUUUCACCGAGGAAAAGAUCAAAUUUGGGAUUGAGACGAUAUACAUCGAUGGGUGGAUGCGCCACAGGAUAUAUGAUGCCUUUAAGGAGGUGCUUGAGUCUGGAGUCAGACACCAACUACAGUUUAAUUCAUUGCUGAGGGAUAUUUUUGGUCUGGGCCCACCUCUCAUCCUGGAUGCCUCUGUCAAAGCCAACAGGAUCUCCCGCACAGAGAGGCAUCUGUUUAACUCUGCUGCAUUCAAAGCUCGGACUAAACUAAGGAACAAAGUGAGGGACAAACGUGCUGAUGUGAUGUGAGGAUGCAAAGAAACAAACACUACAUCCUUCCGAUUCACUUGACAUAACUCUGCAAACUGCCAAGCCAGAGACUUGACAAUGGAAGUGUGUGUGUGUGUGUGUGUGUGUGUGUGUGUGUGUGUGUGUGUGUGUGUGUGUGUGUGUGUGUGUGUGUGUGUGUGUGAGAGAGAGAGAGAGAGAGAGAGACUGGGCGCGCGAGUGUGCGCGCGUUUUGUUUUUUUUAACAUCACACUGUGGAAAAAAAUUAGGAAUACUACAAUUAAACAAACAUGAAAUAUGGUAUAUUUUAUCCUAAUGAUAUUGCAACAACCUCUUGUAAGGCUGUAUUAAGCUUUUCUGUUAAAACCUAUUGUACCGCCUCAAUUAAAAGUGUUUUUGGGGGGAAAGGAUCAUUUUUAACAAUGAGACAUUACAACUUUGUACAGCUCUGCAAAGUGAAUUCUUUCUAGUUUUUCUAUAUGCAUCUUAAAAACCGACAUUGAACUAUGAAUUCUACAUGUAAACAAAUGAAGAAAAAAAAAUACAUCUUUGACUUCUUGUGAAUUUCUCACUGCCACUAAAACAGCCAUUGUUUUGCAUCCUAACUCUACUCUGCUGCUAAAAUAAUGAGAUUUUAUUGGCCACAUCUCCCAGUCUGAACUGGUCAGCUAAGGUUCUUGCCGCCCAGUUUGUUUCUGGAGGUGUAGGUCAUGUGUCGUACAUUACCAAAAGCCAUCUUUGAAUGGUUUGGAGAGAAAAUACUGAAGGAAAGAAACCAUAAGAAAUAUGGUAAGAAAAGUGCCGCUAUCCUUCACAGAGUUGGAAGUGAGCUUGACAGAAAUUGUGUUUGUACCAAGACUUCAUUGCUUUCAAUAAAACACAAAUU